AUGGGGAUCCCAUCCUUAACCAAACAUCUUUCGCAAUACACAGAAAAUGUGGUGUUGUGUGGAUGUCCAGGUACUCCUAACGGCCCCCCGCGAAUCGAUUCUGUAGUCAUUGACGGUCCCAGUCUGGUCUAUCAUGUCUACUACCGGUUACUGGCCUGGGCAGAUGUAUCUUAUGAUGCACUUGAAAUUCAACCCAGCUGUGACGAGGUCAGUCGUGGGGUGGUGAGCUUCCUCUUGCGAUUAAAAGAACAGGGCGUUGACAUCCACCGAAUAUGCUUUGAUGGCGCACUACCAUUGUCGAAAAGAGCGACUCGCUUGGCUCGAAUCGAAAAAUCUCGACAAAAGUUGGAGAUCUGUCGGCAAAGGCCAAUUCCUCCAUCCGGCAACAGAAACCGGAGGGCCACUGCCAUAGAGCCAGCGCAAGUUUGGCAACGGCGACCCCUUCCCUCGCGGUGGAGAAAUCUACCCGAGAACCCAUUCAUGGUCUCUGCUGUAUAUGAAGAUCUCAACACCCGAUGGAGCAAAGCGCUGAUGGAAACUAGUAUUCAUCCAUGUGCCGCUCAGCUUGAGGGGGAAUAUCCCUGGGCAGGCAUCACAGCUAUGGUCCCCGGAGAAGCGGAUCUCGACUGCGCUCGAGUAGCAAAGCUCACGGGCUCGGCUGUGCUCACAAAUGACUCGGAUCUCGUGGUCCAUGACCUUGGUCAGCAUGGGGCGGUGAUCUUACUCAACUCGUUGCAUUUACUUGACGAUGCACCCGGUAUAGCUUCGUCGGAAAUCCGAGGGCUAAGAAUACAUCCUCAUGCACUCUGUCUCCGUCUGGGGAUAGGAAGCUUGCAACGAUUUGCUUAUGAGUUGACUCAAGAUCCGCACCGUGGUUCUUUAGAUCUGGUACGCCGGUCCAAAAGGGACCUCGAAGCGGAUUCCCUCGCGGGUUUCAACGAAUUUCUCAAGGAAUACCAGGACAACCCUGAUCAAUCGGCGGCACUUCAGGAUAUUCCUGGCUCACUAGGGUUAGAUCCUCGCGUCUCGGAACUGCUGUGGCAGUAUAGACUACCUGAACCCUACUGCUGCGGGGAACAGAUUCACCCACACAUAUACCUGGGAAUCUUACCCGAGGAUCAUGCGAGACGAUGCGCCUGGGAACAGGGAAGAAUGUAUCGAGCCCUUGGAUACUCUCUUCUGAAUUCGGCGCAACCGGCCGACCGUCAAUUUCCAGCCAUCCAUGAGUUUGUACGCAGAGGCUGCCGAAUCGUCUCAGAGGAAAUCACUCUCAGUCCGGCCAACACGAUCGCUUGUGACUUGGAUUUGCUCAGUACACGUCUUCAGUUGGCAAGCUCUGUGUUCGGGGCCGCUACGCAGCCCAGAUUCUGGGUGAUGUUCGCCCUAUCCGAGAUUUAUCGUGACAGCUUUAAUGCCACGUUACUUCUGAGUGCAGCCAAGUUGGAACAAUUCCUCGGCCAUGGUGUCACAGGAACCUGUUCGGAGUGGGCAGAUCUUCACCUCCUGGCUCAGAUCCACGCCGUACUCUACUCACUCCGUAUACUCAGACAACUCCUGGGGGUCACAAAUGAUCUGGGUCUCUCAGAACAGCAUCGGGACAUACUCUCUGGACUUCCCCCCUUGUAUCGUCUCGUGGGAUCACGACAUGAUGUAAUGAGCAGCUUUGUUGGGGAGAAUUCAGUCCAUGAAUCUGUCUCCCAGUUGUUCCAGUCGUAUGGCUAA